UGGCACCAAGCCCCUCACAGCCAUUGGGAUACAGGGAAUUAGUGCAAUUGUGAGUCAUCAAAAUAUUAGUGGGUAAAGAAGUGGUGAAAGGCAAUGAAUUUUCAGGCAGAGAGUCCUGUUCCUGCAUGGAGAGAGGAGCUUGCUGUGCUUUGCUGUGCUAUGGACUGGCUUUGAAUUUCCUUUCCAGAUGCUCAGCCAGAGGAGCUGUGCAGCCUUCCCGAUACUCAGGAGGGGGCAUCAUGUCUGGGAAGAGCACGACAUCAAGGACUCUGGCAAGGGAAACCUUACUCUCCUCUUCUGAGCUUACAACAAGUUGGCGUUUAUAAACCUGGAUCCUUAGCCCAGGAGACCAGGUGUGUAGAGCUGAACUUUUCCGACAAUUGCAAACAUUUUGAUCAGCACGUCGAGACUCUGAAGCCUACUGUAGAUUUAGCAUCCUUUAGUUAGAGGCGCAUUACUGAGUUGAUGGAGCAUCAUUGCUAUCUUUUGUAAAGCUUUCUGCAAAGCCAAGUGUGAAACAGAAUUUGGACACAGAGCACAGCAGUUAAAAGCAUCACUAACUACCUUUGGGGAGAAAUCUAAAUUAAGAUACUUGGAUCUUUUUCAUUAUCCUAUCACUCCAGCAAACUGAACCUUUCUCCAUAAAGCAGUAAUGAAUUAGCACUACAACUCAAUUACUUCUCUUAGAAUUAUCCCCAAAAUAGGAGAAAUGCCAUCAUCUAUGCCCCCACUAUACCCUGCACAGUGGAGAUUUUUGCAUCCCAAGAAGAAUGCAAAGAAAGCCAGUCUUAGAAAGUCUUCAGAACGGUUGCUCUGUUGCUAACUAGCUGCCCAGGAAUGCAGAGAACAGUAGAAGCUUAGAGAAAAAUGCAAGUUUUCUAAUAUGUUUUUGUGUUUCAUUUCAGUGUCUCUGUUUCUACAACCUUAUUAUAAAUGGGUUUCCUAAAAGAGUUGGCAAAUGCUGCCUGCAAAAUCUUCAGAAAAAACUGAUCUUGGCACUUCUAGCACCUGAAAGGAGAGUAAGGCACACAGCAAUCAGAUAAACAUUAUCUGUGAGCAACAAUGGUUUUCCUCCCUGGAAACUCCUCUAACUGUUCAAAUUGCACCCAUGCUGUGGGCACAGUGAGCAUUUCUAAAGCGAUAUUAUUAGGGGUUAUUUUGGGAGGGCUGAUUAUUUUUGGUGUCUUGGGUAAUAUUCUAGUUAUAUUAUCAGUAGCCUGUCAUAGACACCUUCAGAGUGUAACUCAUUACUAUAUAAUUAACCUGGCUGUGGCUGACCUUCUCUUGACUUCCACUGUCCUGCCCUUUUCAGCUACCUUUGAGAUUUUGGGUUACUGGGUCUUUGGGAGGAUCUUUUGCAACAUCUGGGCAGCUGUUGAUGUCUUAUGCUGCACUGCUUCCAUCAUGAGUCUGUGUAUCAUCUCUAUAGACAGAUACGUUGGGGUGAGCUACCCACUGAGAUAUCCAAGUAUAAUGACAGAAAAGAGGGGACUCAUGGCUUUGUUGUGCAUUUGGGCUUUGUCCGUUGUGAUAUCCAUUGGACCUCUCUUUGGCUGGAAGCAACCAGCUCCAGAAGAUGAGACCAUCUGUCAAAUCACUGAAGAGCCUGGCUAUGUGCUGUUCUCUGCUCUUGGCUCCUUCUACCUCCCACUGACCAUCAUCUUGGUGAUGUAUUGUCGAGUAUAUGUGGUGGCCAAAAGGGAAAGCAAAGGCCUGACUUCUGGCUUGAAGACUGAAAAGUCUCAUUCUGAAGAAGUGACUCUCCGAAUACAUCGCAGAAACACCCCAGAAGUGAGUGGAACCCCAUCCUGUUCCAAGAUGAAACACCACUUCUCUGUGCGUCUCCUUAAGUUCUCCAGGGAAAAGAAAGCAGCCAAGACGCUGGGGAUAGUGGUGGGAUGCUUCAUACUGUGCUGGCUUCCUUUCUUUCUAGUCAUGCCUAUUGGUUCUUUCUUUCCUGCAAUCAAGCCCCCGGACACAGUUUUUAAAAUAACAUUUUGGCUUGGAUAUUUAAACAGCUGCAUCAAUCCCAUCAUCUACCCGUGCUCAAGUCAAGAGUUUAAAAAAGCAUUCCAGAACAUCCUAAGAGUUCAGUGCCCCUUGAGGAAGCAAUCUACUAAGAAGCAAUCCUUUGGCUUUAACCUCAAUCAUCCAAGUAGCCCGGCCAUGGAAAGUGGCAAGGACGUGGUCCGUAUCCCUGUCGGCUCUGGGGAAACCUUCUAUAAGAUUUCCAAAUCCGAUGGGGUCUGCGAGUGGAAGAUGUUCUCCACCAUGCAAAGCAUGUCUGCAAAAAGUGCAAUUUCUAAGGACCAGUCAAGCUGCACAGUUGCCAAAGUAAAGAGCAAAGGGUUCUUAAGGGCAUGCUGCUGUACUGGCACAUCAGGGAAUACUGUCCGGGAGAACCGUAAAGUGCCCACAAUUAAAAUACACACCAUCUCCCUCAGUGAGAAUGGGGAGGAGGUCUAAAGAAGGGAUUGAGAGCUCUAGCAGGAAGGGUCAUGGAGGAAUCUUGACGUGAUUUUUCAGCUCUGGCAACCUGGUGGCACUGCUAGUGGGAGGUUGCUUUUCUUAAUAGGAAUUCAGGGUAGGGGUUGCAGUAUGGCGAUCACAGAGGUCGACAGCUUAACUUUGAAAAGCAGCUCGAGAUGUGUGGGGAACUGAAGUUAACUUCAGUGGGUGGUGGGUCUGAUCCAAAGUCCAGUGAAGUCACUGGCAAUCUUACAAUUGAGUUCAAUGGGCAUUGCAGACACGAUAGUCAUCUGGCCACUUGGAAUGAUUAUAGCAAUGUUUCCUUGCUGCUUAAUGGCCUUAUUUUUUCACUGUAACCUUUUAUUUUACAGCUCCAACCCUUCUGGUUUUGAAGCUCAA